UGCCUCCACCGCCUCCCCCACUCCCCGGCCUGGGAGGCAUGCCUCCGCUUCCUCCCCUACUGCCCGGCCUGGGAGGCAUACCACCCCCUCCACCGCCAGGAGGCAACGUGGAGGAAGUAGUGGUUGCCCACGUUGACUAUGCUUUGGGCUACGCCAGGCCUUUCCCCAAGAAGGUGAAGACUCCGACCCUGAGAAUGAAGAAACUCAACUGGCAGAAGCUGCCCUCCAAUGUGGUGCGAGAAAGUCGCUCCAUGUGGGCGUCAGUGAGCAGUGGCAGCGAUGAAGCUAUAGAGCCUGAUUACAUGAGCAUUGAGCAGCUUUUUUGUUUUCCGCAAACGAAGCCCAAAGAGAAAGCAGCUACCCCAGUGAAGGUGGAACCAAAGGAGAUCACAUUCUUAGACUCCAAGAAGAGUCUCAAUCUGAACAUAUUUUUGAAGCAAUUUAGAUGCUCAAAUGAAGAGGUAGUUGACAUGAUUCAAAAAGGGGACAGGACCAAGUUCGAUGUGGAGGUUCUGAAGCAGUUACUGAAGCUGCUACCCGAAAAGCAUGAGAUAGAAAACCUGAAAGCCUUCAAGGAAGAAAAAGCCAAGUUAGCAAGUACAGAUCAAUUUUAUCUUCUCCUCCUCAGGGUUCCCAGCUACCAGCUCCGGAUUGAGUGUAUGCUGUCAUGUGAAGAGACCACCGUCAUGCUAGAUAUGCUACAGCCAAAAGCAGAAGCAAUCAGGAAAGCCUGUGAAGAUCUUCUAACGACCCAUCGCCUGCCAGUUUUUUGUCAACUGAUUCUCAAAGUUGGAAACUUUCUUAACUAUGGAAGUCACACUGGAGAUGCCGAUGGCUUUAAAAUUAGCACUUUACUCAAACUAACUGAAACCAAAGCAAACCAAACCCGUAUUACUCUGCUCCACCAUAUUCUGGAGGAAGUAGAGAAAAGUCACACAGACCUCCUGCAGCUUCCCAAGGACCUUGAAUGUGUCUCAAAGGCAGCCGGAAUUAACCUUGAAAUCAUACGUGCGGAAUCCAGUUCCAAUUUAAAGAAGCUGCUGGAACUUGAACGAAAGGUUUUGUCCUCGAAAGACGACGUGAAAGCCCAGUAUGAGACGCCCAUCCAGGACAGCAUAAAUGCAUCAAAGAAGUUGGAGGAGGAGUUUGAAAUCAUUGAAAGGAAGAAAGGGGAACUUGCAAAUUAUCUCUGUGAAGAUGCAAACAAGUUGUCAUUAGAAGAUAUAUUUAGCACCAUGAAAACCUUCAGGGAUCUCUUCAUUAGAGCACUAAAGGAAAACAAGGACAGGAAGGAACAAGCUGCAAAGGCAGAAAAAAGGAAGAAACAGCUGGAAGAGGAAGACGCUAAGAGACAAAAGGGAGACAAUGGGAAGAUCAUUAAGAAAGGGGCCGUGAAGCAGGAGGAGGUGUGCGUUAUUGAUGCCCUGCUGGCCGACAUAAGGAAAGGUUUCCAGUUGCGGAAAACGGUGAAGAACAAGAGUGAGCCGAACACUGCUCCUAAAGUCUCACCUGCCGAAACCCUGAAGGAGAGAGAGCCUGGAAAGAGUGUUGAUGCUUCAGAAGCAGCAGCAGCAGCGAAGGAAAGCGCCUAUGAGACCAAGCGAAAGGAUGGCAGUCAGCACACAGAAAACACUCCUGCCUCAGAAGCUGCUGCCCUUGCAAGGGCUACCGGUAAAGUUGUCAAAGAGACACCAACUUCCAACGAAGUGCUUCCUAAAGACGGAGCUGGAGGAAAUUCGCCACAACAGCCCUGUACUGAGAGGAGCUUCCAACAUUCAACUGAAGUUGAGGGAACCCAUCAACCCAACAGUGGAGCGAGUAUUCAGCAGAUCAACGGCUCGUGUAGCUUUCAAGAGAACGUGGAAUACAACCCCAUUGUGUUUGCGCCAUUGAACCCAGGAACCACUAUAAAGUUUGCAAGCAGCUCUUCAGGCAACUGUACUGGUUUAGGAGAGGAAUUGAAUGGAUCCAUCUCAGGAGACAAAAACAGUGAGUCCGGACCCACUCGGGUAGAAAGAGGCCCGGUGUCUAAUGAACAAACGUCACAACCAAGUGAUGCAGUUGGGAACGAGGCUAAAACCAGAGUUGAACUAGCACCUGACGGUGCUGAAAUGACUCCAACCAAAGAGUCGAGUUCUCAGCAUACGGAGUUAAGGAAGACAGAGAAAGAAAAUGACCCUGCCGCAGACUCAUUGCUGGAUACCUCUCAGGAGAAAUCCUUCUCAGAAGAGCCAGUGACUGAUUCGUCUUGCUCAGCAACAGUCCCUCCAGCGCAAGCACUUACUGACAAGGAAAGGCAAAGAGGGUCUGGGAAACGGAAAAAGAAGAGACGACAGAGCAAAAGCCAGUCAGGUGUCACAACAAAGCAGAAGAAUAAAUAACGAGGAGUCAGUGAAACGCUGACAAAUCCAUAUAAUGCUGCCAUUCUCUAGGAAGCACGUUUCACAGUGUUGAAAUUCCAUUACUGAUCAUGUUUGUAGUAAUAUCUUGGGAUGUAAAGUUUCUUCUAAAAUGGUCUUUCACUAAUCUUUCCUUGGGGAUUCUGUGUAUCCAGCAAAUAACCGCCAGAUGCAAGAGACUUGAGCACCUUCAGAAUGUGCCUUAUGUGAAUGCUGCCAAGGUCUGAUGCUGAAAACGCUCCAUGCCCAGAACUUCUGUGGAAGCUGAUGGGAGUUCCAUGUGUCAAGGGCUGAUAGGAAUAGGCCUCUGAUAAACUUCAUUUGGGGUCAAAUCCUGCAGUCCCUUCCUAGGCCAAACUCUUACUGAAGACAAUGAGGCCAUGGCCUGGGUAAUGAAUGCAGCAUUUUACCCCAUGAAUCAUUUUAAAGACAGCAGUGCCUCCAAAACUGAAUUAUGGGUAAAACUAGGCACUGUCAUCAGCAUCUGAUUGGAAAUCUGUUACUUCCCAUUCUAGUGCCCUACCAACAAUUGGAACUGAUGUUGGACCAAAUAAAAGACCCAAUUCAGAUUAACAUACUUUCCCUUGCUAUCGUUUUAGACAGGGGAUAUCUAUUAAAGGAAAAUGUAUUGUAGUGAACAGCUGGCUGUUUGAACACUAAGGACUUGUCUAUAUGAAGAGUUAGUUUGUGUCAAGUUGAAGUUCAAAUGUACAGUGCACUGGCCUUCUGCACACUAACUGGUCAUGUGGACCCUGGUACCACACACUAGAAGUUUUAUGGUGCACUUUGAUCUACUCCAGUUUCAGUUUGUGGCAGUAUUCUACGUAUUUCAAAUGGGAGUAGAUCAAAGUGCACUACCGAACUUCUAGUGGGCAUUCGGAGGGUACAUACUGCCUGUUAGUGCACGUGACAGGCUGGGGCACUGCACUCCAGCUUGCUGCACACUAACUCUCCAUAUACACAAGUCCUAAGGCCUGGAUCCUGCAAAGACUUAAACACACAUUAACUUUAAGCAUGUGAAUAGUCCUAUGGAGUUCAGUGGAACUUCUGACAUGCAUAAAGUUAGACACAUGCAUAAGUCUUUGCAGGUUUGGGGCCUAGAGUAUCUAUUUUGUUAAAGAAACAGGAAGAGAUUUUUCUAGGGUGAUCCAUUCAUAAUAUUUAAAACUAAUAUUAUUUGGCAAAUCUCUGGUUCUGAAUAUUUAUUGCCUGCUGCAUGCACUCAAAGGCACUUGGACUCAAACUACAAAAUGUUUAGAGUCUGUUUCAGUUUAAAAGAUAGUUAUGCAAUUUGUGCUUUAAAACCGGGAACCUGCAGUAUUUUGUGUUAAGAAAUCAGAGCUUUAUUUCUGAAUUAUGUUUUAUAAUAACUUUGUACCAUAUAAUUUUGUACAUAGCGGUCAAUUUAAAAUUCUAUAUGUUUGUUCAAUCUGUAUUGCAAUAUUAGAUUGCAGUGGGAACUGUGUGGAAAAUCAUUACUUUUAGCAAUCAUGCCUAUAUACAGUAACUUGCUGAGCAUAUAUAAUAGUGUUCAGGCUAAGCUACUUUGCAUUGCUUAUUAAGACUUGAUCAAGGGUCAUUUACUAAAUCUGUACUGGACGAAGUUCAGAAUUAAAACGGGCUACCUUUAACUAAAAACUUUGCUUGGAGUGUGGUGAAAAUUGGUUAACUACAGCAAUUACCAGUUUAGAAUGGGCCACUGCCAUUAUCAGAUUCAGCUGCGGAAAUCCUCUGUAGCAGUGUAGCAAAGCUGCAUUUGAAAUCAAGUUCACCACUGACGUAAACAUGUAGAGGUUCAUUAACUUCAGUGGAGCUGCACUAUCAGCAGUGAAUGUGACCCUUCGUAUGAGAAAACACACACAUACACACAUACAAAAGAGCUUAGGGGUCAAUCACUGUUGUAAUGGUCAUGGCUGGAGGGCUAGCUGCACCCUGUUCCCUUUUUGGUCUCUCUGAAUGCACCUGCUCAAGUGUCAGGCCUCAUGUCUUUACCUAUCCCAGGGUGGAAUUCUACAGUUCUCCCACUCAGACUGGGACCUGGGCUUCAGUACCCUGGGAAUCAACCAUGCUUACCCAGCAGGUCUGACUGGGUUCCGCACUUACGGUUCUUCCCUUCAGGAGCCUGUGGGCUGUGGUGUAUAGUGACAAAGCUGCCUUAUUGAAACCGGAGUAUUGUUCAUUUUACUUAUAGUAACAAAGCAUGUAGAGAAAAAGCAUUUUAGGACAACAAACAGUCCACACCUGUCCAUCGUACCCAAAGGCUUACCAUCCCCUCAGGGUCACCUAGUCAGGCCUAAUUUCUUCAGACAAUCCAGCCAAUGCCUGCAUCCUAGUCUGGUUCCCCCAAACAACGACUUGUCUCUCUGCAGAGAGCACCCCUUCCUAAACUGUCAGAGUUGCUUUGUUCUCGCAUUCUUGGCCUUUGUCCCUUUGGACAAAACUAGUUUUGCAGGUUGGCUUGGGAGGAGGUAAAAUAUGGAUGCUAUAAGAGUAUGGGCAUUGCCCACUGAACAGCACUCAAGUGUUUGCUGAGAAGUGGCUUAUCCUGAGCCAAUCUUCUUCCCUUCCUGCUUGUUUUCUUUAUAGCCACCAACUAAACUAAACCAAUAUAUUCCCAAAAGCCAGGUCAACACUCACUGUUCAUAAAUCAUGACAGAGCAGUUCCAAUUUUGUCACAGGAACAAUUUAGCAAGAGUACAGGUGACUGAGACAGGGUGGGAAGAGGAAGGCUGUCUGAGUGGGAUGUCUAAUUUUGGGCUGUAUUUUACCUGUGAUCUUUGCGAGAAGCUCCCAUUCAUUUUCUCCCAAAAGAACGAAGUAUUCCUCAUGAUUUCUUACUAGUCACCUCAGGGCCAAAUUCAGUGCUGGUGUAAGCAAGGCCCUUCUAAUUUGUUUCAAUGGAGUUGCAUCCAUUUAUGCCAGUAGAGCAGUGAAUUUGGCCCUCAGAAAGAAACUCACUUUUCCUUCAAGAAUUUUAGUAAAAUUACAGCUAACAAACAAAUUAGAGUGCAUUAAACAAGCAAGCCUGUGAAAGCCACAAGCUUCUAGGUAUCAGGUUAACUCUCCAUGUCCAUUUAACAGCAUCUGCAUGAUUAAUCUAUAGUAUAAAUAAAUUCAAACACCUUUUUUUCAAGUUCCUUGCAUUAGAGAUAGGGGGUUUUUCCUUCUUCGUUUCAACAUUUUGAAGAAAUUUUUAAAAAUUUAGAAUUAAAAAAAAAUGGAAAAGAUGAAUUCACAACUUCCCUGUUUGUUGGGGGGUGGGGAGGAUUCCACUCUAUUUUGUAUGGUUACAGAUAUUGUUAUGGUGAUUAUAACUAUAAAGUUAACAUAUUACAUUGUAGCCUAAAUAAAUAUUCCUACUGGAAUCACUAAUUUAACACAAUCUUAUCCCAGAGAAUCUCAGUCCUUCCCGCAGUGAAAAGAAAAGAAAAUAAAUCAAAUUGUGAAACUAAUAGUACAUUUCACUUUGCAGUUGCAUUCCUUUUCCACCCCUCUCCCACAUCUGUACAGUGCCUAAAGCUUCAUCUUGCAACGGCUAUGCACAUGCUUAACUUUAUGCACUUGAGUAGACGCCACAGAAGUCAGUAGGACGACUCACACGUCAAGUUAAGCAUGUGUGGCAAUCUGUGCAGGAUGAGAGCCUUACACUGCAAGCUCUUUGGACUUUGUCUCCUACUUGGCUAUUAAGCACGCUGUUGGUGGCAUACACUUAGUAAUAAUUUUCACAUAGUUAUUUUCUCUCAUACUGACCUUGUCUAUGAAUUUACAAUAGUUUUUGACCUUCUGAUGGUGCUAACAAUUUCCACAUUCAGUACAAUGUCAAUGGGAGUUGUGUGUAGAAUGGGACUAGAAUGGCUUUUGUGUACAAAAGUUAUGCAAGUACCUGUCUGCCAUGGUCUCUUCGUUAUUUGAUUCACUUGUUAUGUGCUAUUUGGGAGAGAAGAUUAGAGAAGCACCAAACUGUCUGUUAAGGAAAUUUACAGAUAAAUGUAAAAGUUAACCAAUUUUCAUCCCCUCUAAAUGUAAAGCUUACUUCUACAGCUUAAUGUUUCUGGCUUUCUGUAUGUAAAGGAUUGGUUUUCUGUACACUACUCUAUUUGGAGUGCAAUAUAGAGCUUACCAAUAAUAA